AAUUUAUGGCGCUAGGAGCUAGCUGUCGCGGCUUCCCGCGAAGUUUAUUUCCGCGAUAGCUUUUUGUCAUCACGUUGCAGGCUCGCACUGCGAGGUAACAACGUGCGCUACUUUGAACUGGUACGUAACUGCAUCUACUCACGUGAACAAUUUAUUCCCUGCUGCAGCUGUAUUAGCAAUUUAUCUUGUUGUUAAUUCGUGUAAGAAUAUGUUUCCUUGUGUGAAAACUACAAAUCACCAAAAUAAAAUAAGCGCCCUGCUCUAGUGACGAUACGAAAGCUGAGAACGACAGCAGCACUCAUUUUGGCCCAUCAGUGGACUUCGAAUACGGGAAAAUACGACGCGUAAAUACGCAUUCGUCCUUUUUGAAACACGCAUAAUCAUAAGGACUUGGCGCUAACCAUGGUCACGUUACCGAUGGUCCCUAUAAAAGCCCCACUCCCCAUCGCCCCGCCCCUUCGCUCUGGUGGAAACUGAAUCACGGGAUAGCGACACAGACAGUUCGCAGUUGACCGCGUGUGGGAUUUUGUGACUGCACCUCUCCCCACCUCUGAACUCCUGAAGUAAACAGCGUGUUAAGAGUUGUCGAUUCGCGGAAGGAUACGUCGUCCAGAUUUUAUUGUGAACACCUUCGCAGGAACAGCGAUCCAGACACUGGUUGGCGGCCAGCAGUGGUCGACGGCGUGUUGGGUUGCGUGGUUGUGUGUUGGGGCACAUCAGAAAGAAAAGCCAACAUGUUGUCCUGUGGGAUGUCUUGCGUGAAGUAUUUACUGUUCUCUUUCAACCUGUUGUUCGUGAUUUCUGGUAUGGUAAUUGCAUCAGUUGCUUUAUUUGCUCUUCAUGAUAUAUCGUAUUAUGAUCUGUUCUUUGGUGGAAGUGUUCUUGCUGGAUGUAUGCUGCCAGUUAUGGUUGGAGUCAUUAUUUUUAUAGUUGCAUUCUUUGGUUGCUAUGGAGCACUGAAGGAAAAUCGUUGUAUGGUAAUUACAUUUUCAGUGCUACUUUUCAUCAUCUUCAUUAUGGAAAUAGGUGGGGGUAUAACAGCUUAUGUCUUGAAGGAUGUUUUGAGAGAUGAGAUAGAUACUCAGUUAAAUAGCACACUUUCUACCUACAAAAACUAUGAAGAUAUUCGAAGGUCAUGGGACAUCUUGCAAACAGAUUUCCAUUGUUGUGGUGUCAAUGGACCUGAUGACUGGGCUAAAGCAAGUUUGAAGAUACCUACCUCAUGCUGUGAUGGUCAUGAUGUUAAUGAGCCAUGUAAAGAAUCAGUAUAUCAGAAAGGUUGCGUGGACUUGCUUGAAAAGUUCAUCAGUCAGCAUGCUGUAAUUGUUUGUGGUGUUGGAGUAGGAAUUGCUUUCAUUCAGGUGGUUGGCAUAAUUCUAGCAUGCUCCUUGGCAGAGUCAAUUAGAAAAAGAUACCAGGCUCUGUGAAGUGAAUGGUCCUUUUAAGUAUGUUUUAGUGAUUAUUGUUAUUUGUGUGCACAUUUAUUUAAUGGUACUCUUAAGUUUUGCUCAUCUUUAAGAUAGUGCUUUUGGAAUCUCAUAUUUUGAAUCUAAAUGUAAUUGUGCAGCCUGAAUGGAUGUAAUUCUUACAUGCACUGCUACUUUAUAAGACUGUAAUGUACAUAUCUUGAUUAAUAUUUAGUAUGGACAAGCAUUUAGAAGAUUUCCACAUGUAUCUUCAUUGGCCAUAUCUUAUUUUAUAUGUAGUGUUAUAUUUUUGACAAUGUUUCCAAUUUAUUUGUAUUAAUUUUAUUUCAUUGUUAUAAUACCGGUAGAAACAGGAGUCACAGUUUUACUGGAUGCUCAGUAGUCAUGGGCUGCUUUCACAAAAUUUAAAAUAAAUGUCAGAUUUAUGCAUUUGAUGAAAUAAAGAAUUUAAAGGCACACUUCUGGUCUGAAUCAUUUCAGUUUUGAUGUCUCCUACAUUGGAACACCUUAAAACAUUAAUCAAUCAAAUUACAAGUGGAGGGUUUUGUUGUAAUAAUACCCAUAAUAAUAAGUGUGCAGACUCGAGUCAACAUUUGCAUUUCGAACUAUUAUGAUAUUGUAGUUAAAGUAUGAAGCUGAAAGCAAUCAGAGUAGUCAAAGACUGACAUAAUGCUUCAUACAAAGUUUCGUUUUCACUACAAAAACCUAAAUCAUAGGAAACAAUCAUUUUCAAGGAGUUUAUUCACAUUUGUAAAAUUUCAAAUACAUUAGCGCUUUUGAAUGGACUGGUUUGCAUUCUAUGUUGUAACUGCCCAAGAAAUGUGUGAAAAUUAAUUAGUAAGUAGCUCCAUAAGUGCUCCAUGUUUAUGAAAGUGACUUCGCUAAGAUCAACGUUUACUACAUACAAUGAGUAAUUUCAUAGAACAUGAAACCGGCUGUUUCUUAUAACAAUAUCCAUAAACUACAGUUAUUUAGAUAUCAUUUCUAUGAUUGUAACGCAAACCAUUUAUUAACACAUUGACUUUUACUAUGAAAUAAAAAAAACCUUUUGUUUUACAUUCCUGUUUUGAAAGGUCUGUAAUUCCAGUGGUAUCUAAAAAGCGAUUUCACGUAAUACAUUAAAUCUCUUAAAACUUAUGCCAUUUGUUUACUAGUAGGUCAUGCUUGUCCAAUAUAUGUUCGCAAUAUUUUGCAUUUACAAAUGAAGCCAUAAUUAAGAAAAUUUAGGCAAGCAUUGUUAUAUUUCAGUAUUUUGUAUAAUAUGAUGUAUGUCCUAUGUAAAAGUCUUUUUUAUUGUAUGCGCUACUGUCAGCAUAAAAUAGCAAGGUUUUGUGGAUAGUUACUCAUAAAGUUAAGCUUUUAAUUGUUAAUUUAAUAAAUUUGCACUUUAGUUUUGUUGACCUGAUUGUUAAAAAACACACAAAUAGAAGAACUGUGACUACGUA